AUGUGGGGAACCACAGCAGGGCCAUGCCUUCUAUCCCCUCCCCUGUGGCAGCACGUGUCUCCCAUGCGCCAAGUGGAGCCCCCGGCCAAGAAGCCAGCCACACCAGCAGAGGAUGACGAGGAUGAUGACAUUGACCUGUUUGGCAGCGACAAUGAGGAGGAGGACAAGGAGGCAGCACAGCUGCGGGAGGAGCGGCUGCGGCAGUACGCGGAGAAGAAGGCCAAGAAGCCUGCACUGGUGGCCAAGUCCUCCAUCCUGCUGGAUGUCAAGCCUUGGGACGAUGAGACGGACAUGGCCCAGCUGGAGGCCUGUGUGCGAUCUAUCCAGCUGGACGGGCUGGUCUGGGGGGCCUCCAAGCUGGUGCCCGUGGGCUACGGUAUCCGGAAGCUACAGAUUCAGUGUGUGGUGGAGGACGACAAGGUGGGGACAGACUUGCUGGAGGAUGAGAUCACCAAGUUUGAGGAACACGUGCAAAGUGUCGAUAUCACAGCUUUCAACAAGAUCUGA